UUAGUCUAUAAAACCAGACCUACAAAACUCUAUGCCACCACCCCCUCUCUCUCAAUCUUUCUCUCUCUAAAAUCGCCGUUGAAGCUCCGAAGAACAGAAAACGUUGAUCAAUACUUUUCACAGCUUCGAGUUGAGGAUUGUUAGCUUGAAGAAAUUUUAAGUACAGAACCAUGGCCUUAGACCCAUACUUUGCUCAUGAAUGGAAAUCCAUCUCGGCUGCAGGAGCCGACCCACAAAAUUGUUCUGGCUGCUUCGAUUGCAACAUCUGCUUGGACUUUGCACAUGAUCCAGUGGUUACCCUAUGUGGCCACCUCUACUGUUGGCCCUGCAUCUACAAGUGGUUCCACAUCCAGAGUGACUCCCUUGCUUCAGAUGAGCACCCACGAUGCCCGGUAUGCAAAGCUGAAAUAUCCCACACCACCGUUGUCCCCCUCUAUGGCCGGGGCCAAACCCCUUCCGAUGCUGAACUUGAGGGCAAGGGUUUGGUCAUUCCCCCAAGGCCACCAGCAUGUGGUACCCAAAUUCUGACCGCAUCAUCACAUCCUGGUCACCAGCUUCCAUAUCGCAAUCCUUAUCAGGAUCAACACCAAUAUUCCCCUCAUCAAUACAGUGGUUACGAAGAAGAUUCUCCACCACCACUAUUUAAUCUUGGUGGCAGUACAGCUAUGGGUGUUUAUCAUCCUAUGGUUGGGAUGUUUGGGGAGAUGGUUUAUGCGAGGGUGUUUGGAAACUCGGAGAGCUUAUAUGCAUAUCCCAAUUCGUAUCACUUGGUGGGGAAUACCAGCCCUAGAUUGAGAAGGCAGGAGAUGCAGGCUAAUAAGUGUUUGAACAGAAUCUCAAUUUUCCUCUGCUGUUGCUUUCUUCUGUGCCUUCUCCUUUUUUGAUCAUGGAUUAUGUCUUUCUCCCUUGGCCCUUGUUGUAUACUGUAAAAAUUUAUGCAAAGUAAGGUUAUGAAAUAUGGAUGAAUAGAUGAGAUAUGAGUGUUACAAAUAAAAUAAUAUAUGAAAUUUUGCCCAUAUUUUUAAACAAUA